UUCCGCCUGGCAGGCGAGGCUGAGCCUGGGAAGACCUGGAAAUGAAAGUAAGAAAGAGCCCGAGGCACAUGGAGCAGGAUGCAGCCCUGUGUGAUCAAGUAGCGGCCGCUCGUUAUCCUUGCUAACCGUAAUAAUGCUCUAAUCAUCUCCCUCAGUCCUAAGACCAUAUCAUUAUUUAUCAAGGCCGGGGGCCCCAGUGGAAGGGAAGUCCCAGCAGAGGAGGAAGAGGAGCGGCUGUAAUGGAGAGACAAAAGAGAAAGGAGGAGAUAGAGAAAGGACUUCAGUUUAUUCAGUCUACAUUACCCCUAAUCCAAGAAGAUUAUGAGGCUUUUUUGCUGAAGCUGGUGCGAAACUUACUUGCAGAGGGCAAUGACUUGUUCAGAGAGAAAGAUUUUAAGCUAGCAUUGGUCCAGUAUGUAGAAGGGCUGAAUGUGGCUGAAUAUGCUGCCUCAGAUGAAGUGACUAUUCCAGUAGAUCUCCUAUGCAACCUGUACGUCAACCGCGCUGCCUGCUACUUUGCCAUGGGUCUAUAUGAGAAGGCUUUGGAAGACAGUGAGAAGGCUCUGGGAUUUGAUGCAGAGAACAUCCGAGCGCUUUUCCGGAAGGCUCGCUGCUUGAAUGAGCUCGGGAGGCACAAAGAAGCCUAUGAAUGUAACAGCCGCUGUCUCCUGUCCCUUCCACAUGAUGAAAGUGUGGCACAACUUGGUCAAGAUCUUGCUCAGACACUGGGAUUAAAGGUCCGGAAGGCAUAUAAAAGACCUCAGCAGGAACUGGAAACGUUUUCUCUACUCAGUAAUGGCUUAUCAUCCAAUUUACCAAAUCAGUCUGUUUCCAAUGGAUUGAGCUCUGUAGAUGACAUUGAAACAGAUAUUUCUGGUCAACUUCAAGGCCUGGCUGUCCCCUGUGCCACUUCCAUCACUGUGAGUGAGGGCCCUGCCUUUCCAUCAUCGGACUUGGAGGCAAAGAGCACGCCAGCUUCGAUCCCUGCCAGCACUCUCAUCCCUUCUUCAGAGGCGGCACCUGUGCCAGCAUCUGAGAGCGUGGAUGAUUUCGCUGAAGGAGGAGUUCUUGGGGAUGAAUUGGAUUCAAUCCUGGAUUCUCUUGCAGAUGGAUCUCAACAAUACCCUCUAUCUCUAGUACAAGGUGCUCUCCCUGCCAGUAUGCCUAGCGAAAUGCCCCGGCUGAUCCCAGUGUUUCCUGGAGGAACUCCGCUGCUCCCUCCAGUGGUGGCAGCCAACAUUCCAGUUUCCACACCACUCCCUCCUGCCUCCUUUGGCCUUAUGAUGGAAGCCACAAAACAGCUGUCUUCCUCCUCCGUCUUGGAUGCCUUCGAACCACCAGUGGGUGGCAGUGGCAGUUCUCCUUUGGAUUCAUUAGAUUCACUAGACCUGCUUCCAUAUGCAGAGUCCCGGUUGGAUGUGCUGGAUGCCUUCGGAACUAGUCGAGGGUCACUGGAUGCACUGGAUACUUUUACUGUUGAGGAAACCAGCACCCAAGAAACACGGCAGCCUACUAAUGUUCAGAAAGCACCACCAAUGAUAAACCAUAGUGGGCCAGGUCACACAACGGUACCCAAAGUGGUAGAGUUGCUGAUGUCUCAGCCAGAGUCAAUGAUGCCCAACACAGCCCUACUUGUGAAGAAUCCACUGGCAUCCACUCAUGUCUUCAGACAAGCCUGUCAUCUCUGCUAUCCCAAAACAGGACCCAAGGCUGGUGAUUAUACCUAUCGAGAAGGCCUGGACCAUAAGUGCAAAAAAGAUAUCCUUCUGGGCAGACGCCGUAACAUAGAGGAUAAAACUUGGAAGAGAAUCCGACCACGGCCAACCAAGACCAAUUUUGUUGGAUCUUAUUAUCUGUGCAAAGAUAUGCUUAACAAGCAGGACUGUAAGUACGGGGAUAACUGCACCUUCGCGUACCACCAGGAGGAGAUCGACGUGUGGACAGAGGAGCGGAAGGGAACUCUUAAUCGUGACCUACUGUUUGACCCACUGGGUGGAGUCAAGCGGGGCAGCCUGACCAUUGCCAAGAUUUUGAAGGAACACCAGGGCAUAUUCACUUUCCUCUGUGAGAUUUGCUUUGACAGCAAACCCCGGAUAAUCAGCAAAGGGACCAAGGACUCUCCAGCAGUAUGCUCCAAUUUAGCUGCACAACAUAGCUUUUAUAAUAAUAAGUGUCUGGUUCACAUUGUUCGUUCCACCUCUCUAAAAUAUUCCAAGAUUCGUCAGUUCCAGGAGCAUUUUCAGUUUGAUGUGUGCCGACAUGAAGUACGUUAUGGCUGUUUACGUGAAGAUAGCUGCCACUUUGCUCACAGUUUCAUUGAGCUUAAAAUUUGGUUGCUACAACAAUAUUCAGGAAUGACCCAUGAAGAUAUUGUACAAGAAUCUAAGAAGUAUUGGCAGCAAAUGGAGGCACACACCAACAAGGCUAGUAGCAAUAUGGCUUCUGCUAGAGGUUCCACCUCAAACACUUUUGACCUCCAAAUGAAGUUUGUUUGUGGCCAGUGUUGGAGAAAUGGGCAGGUAGUAGAACCAGAUAAAGACCUCAAAUACUGUAGUGCCAAAGCACGUCACUGUUGGACCAAGGAACGUCGUGUCUUGCUAGUAAUGUCCAAGGCAAAGAGAAAGUGGGUGUCUGUCCGGCCACUGCCUUCCAUUCGCAAUUUCCCUCAGCAAUACGAUCUAUGUAUUCAUGCCCAAAAUGGAAGAAAGUGUCAAUAUGUUGGAAACUGUUCCUUUGCCCAUAGUCCUGAAGAGAGAGAGAUGUGGACUUUCAUGAAAGAAAAUAAGAUUUUGGACAUGCAGCAGACAUAUGACAUGUGGCUGAAAAAGCACAACCCUGGAAAACCUGGUGAGGGGACAACUCUAACGUCACGGGAGGCAGAGAAGCAAAUCCAGAUGCCUACCGAUUACGCUGAUAUGAUGGGUUAUCACUGUUGGCUUUGUGGAAAGAACAGCAACAGCAAGAAGCAAUGGCAGCAGCACAUCCAGUCAGAGAAGCAUAAAGAAAAAGUCUUCACAUCUGACAAUGAUUCCAGUUGCUGGAACUACCGUUUCCCAAUGGGGGAAUUUCGGCUAUGUGACAGAUUCCAGAAGACAAAAUCCUGCCCCGAAGGGGAGAAAUGUUGUUUUGCUCAUGGCCAGGAUGAAUUGACGGAGUGGUUGGAUCGGAGGGAAGUCAUGAAGCACAAACUGGCCAAGGCCCGCAAGGAUAUGCUGCUGUGCCCCAGAGAUGAUGACUUUGGCAAAUACAACUUCCUAUUACGAGAAAACAUUUAGUAUCAAAGGGAGUUUGGGCUGGAAACUAGCAAAUUUUCAGAACUGGAAAUGGAAUGGGAAGAAUCUGGGCAGUGGCAAAGAGACCAGUAUUUGUUCCAUGAAGCUGUCAUUGAGUGUUAGAUAAUCAAGAUGAUUUACUGAUGCUGGAUGCAAUUAUGAAUUGAAUCAUCAUAGCCAAUGAAAAUAAUGUUACUAGAAUUCUGUUUUCUAACUCUUUUCUCUUUCUAAAACCAUUGUUUUUCAUUUUACCACCAACCUUUUUUCUUUGAAAAAAGGUAGAGUUUUCAGUUGAUACAUAAGAAAGAGCCUUGCAUUUUUAUUCCCUACAAUUUUAUUUUAUUUUUACUUUGAGCUGCCUUGUUUUGUUGGGAUAUUACUGGGUCAUGGGAAGCAAAUAUAGAAGAAGAGUGGAGAAGAAAGAAGUUAUGAGGCUUUGCUUAGUAUUGGUGUCAUACAGAAAUCCCUACCAGUGUCUCUAGGUAAUCUCUACAAAGAAUAACAAAACAGUUAUUUAAAAGAUAAAUGAAAAGAUGUUCCCAGUUCAACCUGUUUUAAAGUACUGAGAUAACUCCAGUUGUUUCUGCUGCUGGAGAUAAAGGAUUUCCUCUUAUUCACAUGAUACUUUAUCUCCUGCUUGGGUCAUCCAAAAAUCCAUAUCUGGUGAGGAGACCAGUGUGAAUUCCUAAUCUGCUUUAUGCUGGAGGAAGUAAUCAGUCUGUUGUUUUGGGGGACAGGAGAUUUUUUUUUUCAUAAAACAGGUUGUCCCAAAACCAAAUUGGUUGCAUACUAUUAAAUUGGACUUUAUACCUACAUGCUAAGCAUAGCUCUGAUAGUUCAGCAGUUGGAUUUUGCUUUUCAAUAGAGACAAUUUGAAACUGAAAAGCUCUUAACAUUAGGUUCUUUGUAACAUCUGGGAUUGGAAUAAAACGUCUAUUCAAUUACAAAAGUUUGUCAAUACCAUCUUUGUUGGUGCCCUUUGUAUUGGAUGCAGAUGUUUACCAGCAAAGGCUAAGAACCAAAAAUGAGUGUGAAAACGGGCAGAAAUCAUUUAAAUAAAUUAAUCUCAAUUUGGGUUUGAAAGUGUCCUUUUAGAAAAUAGUAUAUUAUAAGUCUGACUAGAUCAGUUACUAAGGUUUAGGACCUUCUUUUGCCAUGUAGUGAUUUGGCACCAAUCGAGCAGGGAAAAACAUUAAAUCUAUCCAGGAAAAAACAUGUUUUAAAAACCUGUCUCUCUAAACUAAGGUUGCAAAGAAGGUGGCAAGGAGCCUUCCUUACGGCUAAAUGCUUGUUUUCCAAUUUUUUUUUUAAAAAAAUUAUUGUCCAAGAAUAGUCUUCAGCAGAACAUCUGUUUUUCUGUUCACUGUCUUAACAGAGGAAGAAGAUAUUUUAUAUAUCAGUAAUAUUUAAUAUAUCUCUAAAAUGAACUUUCAGAGGCUAUAAUCCAGAGCAUAUUUUCUGGGAGUUAAAUUCUGUUGGACUGACUUCUGUGUAAGCAUGUUCAGGAUCAAGCUGUAAAGUAUACAAAAAAACCCUUAAAACUUAACAAAAAAUGGGAAUAUCCACCCAUUAAAUGAUUCUAAGAAGAAGAAGAAAGUACUGUCAUGCUGUGACACUUGAGAAGAUAUGAUUAAUGGCUACAUCUUAAGCUUUAAUAUGGGAGAAGGUUAUCCAUAUUGUGCAGGACUUAUUUUUUUAUAUACUAAAAUGUACAUCAUUCAUAGUUGACUAAAUGGGUGUUUGCCUUGAGGUCUCAGACUAUAUAGAUGCACAGAUAAAUAUGUAGUAUUGCAAUAGUUCUGUGUUUCCCAAGGCAGAGUGUGGCAAUAUGUGAUCUGAAUGCAAAGGUUUAAUAGGAAGGUGAGAUCUAUCUCUGCAGAAUCAGCACUCUCCAUUAUACCCUCCACUUUCCUAUCUUUUCCAGCCAAGUGUUGCUUUGAAUUUUAUACUGAAAUAAUUUUGAAUCAAGAUGAAACUCCAUAUAUUAAAAAAACAUAAGUAAUGAUAAUAAAGGAAUAUGUUAUUAUAUAGAAGCAUAUCAGUAGGUUAAAGAUCUCUGAAGUUCCUUUUUCUGUCCUUGCUUCCUGAUGAUCAGAUAUUCUUUCACUGUCUGACAGCCGUACCUAUUAAUGCAUUGUUAUCUAUUAUGUAAGGAGAAACUACUUUAGAUUUAUUUUUAUGAUUUAAAAAAAGCCCUAAUUUUUUUCUCUGUAGAGCAGAUGCUUUUUGCCAUCUUUGGAGGGAAGGGCAUAAUAAGAUAUGUACGGGGUGCCUGUGAACAGUGGUCAUAUAUGUAUCUUGCUCAUCAAUGGAAUACACCCAUUUUGGUGCAAGAUAUUAUUAUAUAUUCCUCCAAUUGUUUUAUUGUUAAGGAAUUUUAAAUGAAACCUUUCCAAUGUUAUAUCCUUUCCAUUGACCUAGAUUAUUUUUUUUUAAGGGAGUAGAUAUAUUGUCUCCUGUCUUGGCAGUUAAAUAGUCUUAAUUUGUGUGGGACUGGAUUAAGCGAAGCAAUUUAAUAAGCUGAAUGACCCCUUCUUCCCCAUGCACAGACCCUUUUGAGUUGUAGCUUUUGCCUGCUUGACUGUUAUGAUCAAUAAUGUUCUCAACCUGCUGGUGCUAUUUCUCUAAAUAUUUGUCAGAGUAGAUUGACCAGCUUUCCGUGGUUGAAGUGAUGGCAGAUUGUAGCAGGUAGAAGAUGAAAAACAAAGAAAUUGACACUUAAAUCUGUUACAGUACCUGCUGAAUCUAGAAAUAUAACUACAAGUGCUUGCUCUGCCAUAAUUAUGAGAUAUGAUUUAGAUUUAUUUAGAUUAUUGGGUGGGGCAAAUUUUCCUUACCUCUUUAAUUCAGUAAUAAACAAAUUGCUUUGCAGCCUCUUUUGAACCAGUCAGUACUAGUUUAGUUAAGAGAGAAAAGAGGAUGUGACUUAAAGAGGCAGAGCAGGGGGUUGUGGGUCACUUAUUCCUGGAUAUUGCAGUGAAAAUCAAUUUUUUUGUUUCUUCCUUGAUAUGAUAACCUGAUACGUGGUGUUGCAGUAUUUUGUCACCAGAUUUGUUCUAGUGUGUAUAUAUGUAACCCCCUCAUAAAACAUAUAUACACAGGUAUUAAAUAUAUCGCUCUAUAUAAUAUUAUAUAUAUGUAUGUGGUAUUGAAGGCAUCUUUUUAUUGAGGGUUAAGGAAAAGGACACUUGCUUUGAAAUGAAGCAUCUCUUGUUUGAAUAAAGCCGAUGUUAGGAGAGAGCUAUUUCUUUUGGAUUUAAAAAAUGUUUUAUUGGGGAAUAUAUAAAUUUGAGUGCUGAAGUCACCCUUUUGUGAAGACUUUAAGGUACAAUCCAUGGAAGUGGAUGUGCUAAAGAAAAUCUUCUGUUUAAGAAAAGAGGCCUUGCCAAGAAGCGAAGAAUGCCUGGAAUUUAAUGUUCUGCCGUAUCCAUAGCACCCACAGUUUUGCAGUAAUAAAGGAGGAAGCCCAAUGCUCUAGAAACAGCAUGUGGUUGGCUACAAUAACCCAUUUUGCAAAAAGAAGAGUUUUAAAAAGCAGGCACAUCUGAAAAUGAUAUGUAAAAUUAGGUCACUGGUUGCAUUUGUUAAUAAAUACAAACUGUGCUUCAAAAAUAUUAGCAGUGUCUUUAUCUUCUUUACUGAAGAUAUUUGGAAAACAAAGGAAAAGGGACUUCACAAAUAGCCAUAAAGUCAUGGGAAGAAUAUGACUGAAUAGAAUGCUACAUUAACUAAGUUCCUUCAACCAUGGUAUCUUAGGAAAUACAGUAAUGAAGUAUAGGCAGUGAAGGGAGAUGCUCCAUUUCAAGCUAGACUUGUAAUAAGUCGAAGAGUCCUUCAAAAUGUCUUUGUAUUAAUAUAUUUUAAGAAUACCACGCUUUACUAUUACAAAGAAAUUCAUAAUGCCUUUCACAAGGUCUAGUAACCAAGAUAAUAACAUAGAUGUUCUAACAACUUUGCUGUUCUUAACAAGACAGAUUUGCUUCUUUUAGCCUUUGUAAUAGAAAAUAAAAGUGUGCACUUUAAACCCUCA